AACAGGGCCAGGGGAAAGCGUCGAUACCUCCGCGAGGCCACGCUGAGAAAGAAUACGACGUCGGGGGUCUGGGCCAGGAUCCCAUCCGAACUUGCCCCGCGCGCCGCGGCGAGCGCGGCAAGAGCGCGAGUUACAGCGGACUGUUGGACACAUGUGCGAGGUGCCUCGCGCCGUUAUCGGGCAGACUGUACAACACAUGUGCCCUGGGUGCGGCGCAGCAGCGCCGCUGGCGCACGCGAGUGCACCGCGAGCUCGGCGCGCACGCGCAUCAGGGUUACAUAGCACGCAUCACCAUUCCGCCGGCUCCACGACCGACAAGAGAUGCCAGCGUGAAGAACGGCAUGGGCAGGCUCUUCGGAUGGUCCGCUACGCGUCUUGUGGCCCACGGGACGCCGUCGCCAGCCACAAAGGGGUGA